ACAAUUGGUCCGGGGAGGAGUUUGGCUUCCGUGCCUCCUUUUACUUCUGGCUUUGGGAGUGGGGACUGAAGCUGAAGCUGUGGGCGCAGCUCUUGAAUUACUCACCCUCUCCUCUUCUUUUUGCAGGUGGUUUGCAGGGAACAUUUCAACCCCACCGAGAAUUUUGGCCGGACUUAAACUCAACUUCCAUAUAGGAUGCCUGUUGAGCCUUCCCAGAUGGAGAAGGAAACCAGGGUUUCCGCUCAUCUCUCUAGCAGCAAGCUGGAGAAUGUGAACCUAGAGUCAUCAGCUAACUGUGAGAACUGUGAGAAGGAUCGAAAGUGGAUCCGGCCUGACAUCCCUAGCAAGUGUACUUGGCAGCUAGGCAAACCUAUCUCAGAAUCUCCUCAUCAUCAUGUCUCCUUGUCAAAGACACCCAAAGUCAUUCCUGAUAUUUUGAAGAAAAUUGGGGACACACCUAUGGUCAGAAUCAAUAAGAUUGGGAAGAACUUUGGACUGAAAUGUGAACUUUUGGCAAAGUGUGAAUUCUUCAAUGCAGGAGGGAGUGUGAAGGAUCGAAUCAGCUUGAGAAUGGUAGAGGAUGCUGAAAGAGCAGGCGUUUUGAAACCUGGAGAUACAAUCAUUGAGCCAACUUCUGGAAAUACUGGAAUUGGCCUGGCUCUGGCUGCAGCAGUAAAAGGGUAUCGUUGCAUCAUUGUGAUGCCAGAGAAAAUGAGUAUGGAAAAGGUGGAUGUCCUGAGAGCACUAGGAGCUGAAAUUGUGAGAACUCCAACAAAUGCCAGGUUUGAUUCCCCUGAGUCUCAUGUAGGGGUGGCAUGGCGACUGAAAAAUGAAAUUCCCAAUUCUCACAUUUUGGACCAGUACCGAAAUGCCAGUAAUCCACUCGCUCACUAUGACAGCACAGCUGAAGAGAUCUUGCAGCAGUGUGAUGGGAAAUUAGAUAUGUUGGUAGCUUCUGCUGGCACAGGGGGCACAAUUACAGGUAUUGCCAGGAAGCUGAAGGAGAAAUGCCCAGGAUGCAAAAUCAUUGGUGUUGAUCCAGAAGGAUCUAUCCUUGCUGAGCCAGAAGAACUGAACCAGACUGACAGAACAGCCUAUGAAGUCGAGGGCAUUGGGUAUGAUUUCAUCCCCACAGUACUAGACAGGAAGAUGGUGGAUAAAUGGUACAAGAGCAGUGAUGAGGAGUCCUUUGCUUUUGCUCGAAUGUUAAUUGCCCAAGAAGGAUUACUCUGUGGUGGUAGCUCUGGCAGCACGAUCUCCGUUGCAGUAAAGGCUGCCAAGGAGCUGAAGGAGGGUGAGCGCUGUGUGGUCAUUUUGCCUGAUUCUGUGAGGAAUUACAUGUCGAAAUUUCUGAGUGACAAAUGGAUGCUUCAGAAGGGAUUUAUGAAGGAAGAAGAUAUCACGAUUGCUAAACCAUGGUGGUGGCACCUCAGGAUCCAAGAAUUAAGCCUCUCUGCACCUUUGACUGUCUUGCCAACUGUCACCUGUGAACGAACUAUUGAAAUCCUUCGAGAGAAGGGUUUCGACCAGGUACCAGUUGUGGAUGAAUCUGGUUUGAUAUUGGGAAUGGUCACUCUUGGUAAUAUGCUUUCAUCCUUGCUUGCCGGAAAGGUUCAGCCUUCAGACCAAGUCAGCAAAGUCAUCUAUAAGCAGUUUCGUCAGAUUCAUCUGACAGACACCUUGGGGAUGCUCUCCCACAUCUUAGAGACUGACCAUUUUGCUCUAGUGGUUCAUGAACAGAUUCAGUCACAGGACCAGUCCUUGUCAGAAAUAGUGGGAGGGAGUUCAGAUCGCAGCAAUGGCAACUCCAGUCAAAGGCAGAUGGUGUUUGGUGUUGUCACUGCCAUUGAUCUGCUGAAUUUUGUGGCUGCCCGAGAAAGAGAACGGAAGACAAAUUAAUCUCGGCUAUGACUACAAAGAGAUGCCACUAAAGGAAAACUGCAAAGCCAUCUUAUUUCUUCUCUUUUUAUACUAAUUUGGCAUGUCCUUAUCAUUUGAGUUUCUACUAUUGGUACUUUUUUUUUAACAUUAAGGGAUAGACUUGCUGUGGAAACACAGUGAGCAUUGCUUUAAUAUUUUGCCAAUAAAUAAAUAAAAUAGUAUUUUGAGUGGCAUCUGACCUAGUAAAGAAGCAUUAACCUUA